AUGGAGCCAGAUCAGACAUAUGGGAUUCUUUGCUGCUCCUGCGGGGUCCCCAUUGAGCCUAACCCCACCUCUAUGUGCCUUCCCUGCCUGCGUGCGCGGGUAAAUAUAACAAAAGGGAUUGACACAGAGCAGACCCUAAUCCACUGCCACCAGUGCAAUAGAUACAACGUGGGGAACGAAAAGUAUGUUGCUGCAGAGCUAGAAUCUCCACAGCUGCUUGGAAUCUGCCUCAAGAAGAUACGUGGAUUACAGCAUGUGCGGGUUGUCGAUGCUGGCUUCAUUUGGACGGAGGAGCACUCAAAGCGCAUCAAGGUGCGCUUGCUCAUUCAGGCGGAGGUGCAGCAGGGCGCAGUUUUACAGCAAGAGCACAUCUGUACCUUCACGGUUGUGUCUACUCUGUGUGUACCGUGUCAAUACACUCACACGGAGCACACAUGGAGUACUCGGGUUCAGGUGCGACAAACGGUUAACCACAAGCGCACGUUUCUUUACCUGGAACAGAUUAUCCUUCACAACAGAGCUAAGCUAAACAUUAGUAACAUUAAGGAAUAUCCCCAUGGAUUAGACUUUUACUUCACGUCACGAUCAGAUGCAGGUAGAUUUGUUGAUCUUCUUCACAACUCUGUUCCCGGAAGACAUUCUGAAAGCCAAAAGCUUAUUUCUGCAGAUUUAAAGUCUAAUACGGCGACCAUAGAGUAUUCUGUUAUGUUUGAGAUUGCCCAGCUAUGCAAGGACGAUCUCGUGUAUCUGCCGCGACGCUUCUAUAACCAGCUUGGCGGUCUGGGCCCUCUUUGUAUCGUCAGCAAGGUCAACUCUCGAAUUCAUUUCGUUGACCCUCUCACGGGAAACACAGGGUCACUAACGGCAGCGCAAUAUUUUGAAAAGCCAUUCACAGCGUUUCGUGAUCGACGGCACAAAGUUGAAGGAAUAGUGCUUGUAUCUGAAGAAGAAAACAGUAGUGGAAAGCGGGGCCAAGGAUCUCCGAUUGCAUAUGUCGAGCUCCAGCGUGAAAACGACAUGUACGAGGGGGUGACCGUGCAUACCAAGACGUAUCUCUCCUCCCUUUGCAAGCCCGGGCGCUCUGUGGCUGUGUAUAGCUUGGACAACCUUGACUUUCAAGCCUACGGAAUCACUCCUUCGGACAUAUAUUUAAAUCUCAGAGUGGUCAUUGCGGGCAAGUGGAAGGGCACUAAGCAACACUCUAAGCACAAGCUAGCUCGAUAUGAAACGGAAGAAGGCGUGGCCAUCGUAAAUGCUCCAGACGACGAUAUAAACGCACUACUGGAAGAGAUGUACGACGAUGAGACGAGAGACAGGGAGCUUGACGCUCUCAUGAACAACCUCGGGCAACUAAACCUGAUGCAGCCCCCGUCCUCAGGUUGCAUGCACUCGGCCCCAGCUGCAUCAAACACACUUACUUAUAUGCCGUUUACCUCCGUUAGUGGUAUACAGUAUCAAGGAUUUUGCCCUCAGUGA